UCAUCCGAUGAGAAUGGUAUUUGUUAUGUGGAAACAUCGAAUUUGGAUGGUGAAAGCAGUCUAAAGCAACGUCAGAUUAUUUCAUCGAUGGGUUCUGCAUCUCUUGAUUUCACUCCCCCUCAGUUCACUGCAACUGUUUACUGUGAACAACCAAACAAUCAAAUUUAUAGGUUCAGUGGUUAUUUGGAGCAUGAGAAUGGUGCGAAAGAAGCGGUCGAUAAAGUGAAUCUUUUGUUGCGUGGUUGCGAGGUACGGAAUACGGAUUUCGUCGAGGGUAUCGUUCUAUACGCAGGUAGUAUUUAA